AUGACAAAGCAGGACGUGAAGCUCGACCUUCUCAGGACUAACGUCGCCGCGAAGAAGAGGAACACUGACCUGGCGUUCAUGAUGGCGGCAGACAUGUCGACGAUGGACAAGCAGGUCAAGGCGUGGUACCUGGCGGAGCGCAGCCUCAUCUUGAACGAGAUGCCCGGGGCAGCGCCGACCACCGCCCCAACACCCACGCCGACAACAACGCCGACGCCCAGCCCGAGCGAUGAAAUGGUGCCGACACCGACCACCAGCCCGAGCAUAGAAGCCACGCUGACGCCGAGCACGUCGACCCCGGCCAGUCCCACGCCAGAGGAGCCCCCCGUUUGA